UAGUUGACAGGUGCAUGGUUGAUAUGCUACAUCUACAUAUCCCUUCUCUCCAUUAUUCUCCCAGUAUAAUCACACGGCAGAUCGGAAUGAUAAUGCGUAUGUACGCGCAACCAUCCUGGCUCAAUAUUUAGCUUCUUCGAAUUAGUGUCCAUUCGUACUCGCCGGCCAGCCUCGCAGGGAAGCGUGCUCGGAUUGCUUUUACAUAUACCAUGGCCGCCCCGCUGGACUCAACCCUAUGUUUUCCCACUCAGAUUCGCCGGGAUGAAGGAAAAACGCAGGAGUUGGCCGUGUCGGGAAAUCGCAUUAUUGGAAACCAGGUGGUAUUCCGUGUCGAAAAUGCUCGACGACAGCGGCCGAAUAAAUCAUCGCAUCAGCAAGCCGUCAAAUUUGCAGAACCGACCUUCCAUUCCCGCCAACCCCACCGAAAGUCCAGGUCUGGUUGCUCCAAUUGCAAGAAACGAAGGAUUAAGUGCGAUGAAACCAAGCCAGGCUGCAGUAAAUGUGACGCCUAUGGCAUAACCUGUGACUACUCGUUGACAGUGCAAUCCCAGCAAAAGCCAAAGACUGUGUGCUCAUUCGCAGACAAAUAUUCGAAAGUUCCUGGGAUUGAGUACGCAGCAUUUUCAUUGUCAAUGACAGAACUUGCAGACAAAAUAGACUCGGCAUUGGGUCUUGCCCCUAAUAUUGACAAUGACCUCAAGAAUAUUGCGCCGAAGCCGGUUAAUCGCGAAUCUGUUGAAGCUUUCUAUCACUUUUUGAUCCUAUCCUCAGAAGACAAUGCUCUUAGCGACACCGGCAAAAAGGUAACUAACGGGGCUAUGUUGCGCAUUGCAUUUCAGAUUCCAUAUCUCAUGCAUGCGAUUCUGGGGGUUGCUACCUCUAGCCGUAGGAGGCUACUACCCUGGAUAUCCUCGAUCAAAAUUGCUGAAAGCUACCAUUGGCAGCGUGCCAUCACAUUAUAUAAAAAGGAGCUAUCUACUUCGGUUGGAGCGCACAAUAUGGACGGUCUAAUGUCAACCUGUAUGCUCAUGGGCGUUCUUUCUUUCUCAGCAGAAGAGUACAAACCUGAGAGCUCUUGGCUCUUCUCCUCCGACCCCAAAGCCCUAAACUGGCUCUUGCUCCAAUCUGGACUUAGACAUCUUCUCGAAUUCACCAGCCCCUAUUUACAUCAGAGCAUUUGGUACGAUGUCUUCAUAGAAUCUAACUACCCAAUAUUUGAAGACCACCGGCCUGGUGCUGACGGCCUCCACCCGGGUCUGGCGGAGAUAUGCGAAAUUGACGAAAAAACAACCGAGGAAACAAAUCCCUAUCAUUGGCCACUUCGCAUGCUUAGUCCGUUGCUUGAGUUGAUACCAUCCAGAAGAAAUUUCCCUAAAAUUACAUCAUUCAUGGGAAGGCUGCCACCCGAUUAUACUGCGCUGUUGGAAAAGAAAGACCCUAGGGCAGUUCUCAUUUUGGGUUACUGGCUGGGAAAGAAGUGUCAAGAAAACCACUGGUGGAUGCAUCCAAGGGUUCACGCUGAAUGCACGGCUGUAUGCAUGUUCCUAGAAAACAACCCAGAUCCUCGAAUCCUCAAACUGCUAGAAUACCCGGCAGAAAAUUGUGGAUAUCUUCUGAAUCAUGUUCGAGAACAGGCGAUUUUUGAAGCCAAUAUCGAUUUCCUCUGCCUCUUCUGA